AUGACUGAGAUUUAUUUCAAGUUCCGCGGAAAUCUGACUGGCCGUGUCCACCUUCCAACUCUGGCUACUGAAGUAGACACGUCAGCAGACAAAUAUUCCAGCCUCUAUGUGUACGUGGGGCUGUUCCUAACCCUCCUGGCUCUCCUCCUGAUCCUGCUCUUCUCCAUGCUCCUGCGCCUGAAGCACGUUGUGUCCCCCAUCACCUCCCCAGAGAGCACUGAGAACGUGCAGCAGUUCACAGACGUGGAAAUGCACAGCAGGAUCCCCACCACGUAGGGAGCCCUCAGCAAAGAGGUCUCCGUGCUUGGCAAAGGUGUUUUGUUCAGCAAAGGUGGUGGAAAGAAGCUCUGGCUGGCUGUUGAGCCUCAAGACUUCUUGCAGAAGCCUCAGCAGCAUCUGGAGAGUGUCGCUGGCUGUUGGC